ACAUCUUCUCAUGGAAGAGGAGCUAGCGCACAGGACACGGUCGUUCAAGCCGUCACCGAUCCAGAAGCUCUCGCAUCUCGCUCAGCAGCGCAAUGCGAUCAACUUAGCGGAAGGGUUUCCAGAUUUCCCAGCUCCGCCAGAGGUGAAGGAGGCCGCAAGGGAUGCCAUUGGAGCAGACUUCAAUCAGUACAGGCAUGUACAAGGUGUUUGCAACAAAGUGGCCGAGCAUUUUGAGCAUUUCCAGGGUGUGAAGGUUGACUCCAAGUCCGACAUUGUGCUUUGCUGCGGUCAAUCGGAAGCUCUCGCUGCCGUGACUUUCGCUAUUGUUGAUCGUGACGACGAAGUGAUUCUUUUGGAACCGGUCUAUGAGACGUACGAAUCUUGCAUCAUAAUGGCUGGAGGCAAGCCAGUUUUCGUGCCUUUAACGCCUCUGCUGUGGACGUUGGAUUCAGAGAAGCUCAAAAGGAGCAUCACCUCUAGAACCAAGGCGAUUGUGAUUAACAGGCACAUGGGUUAA